AUGGCCUUGCAGCCUUGCGAGGAGCGCUGGAACAGUGCGACGCUGGGCUUCGGUGUGACCUUGAAGCACCUGGUGCUGCUGCUGCUGCGGCAGCCUUGGUCGGGCGGCUGCCGGGAGGUGUGGUUGGAAAGAUGUGCCACCUUGAAGCAUAUGACAUUACUGCGGGAGCUGUGGUUGGGCGGCUACGCGACCUUGAAGCGCCUGACGUCACAGUGGGAGCUGUGGUUGGGUGGCUACGCGACCUUGAAUCGCCUGACGUCACUGCGGGAGCUGUGGUUGGGCGGCUACGCGAACUUCAAGCGCCUCACAGCACUGCGGGAGCUGUGGUUGGGCGGCUACGUGACCUUGAAGCGCCUGACGUCACAGCGGGAGCUGUGGUUGGGCGGCUACACAACCUUGAAGCGCCUCACAGCACUGCGGGAGCUGUGGUUGGGCGGCUACGCGACCUUGAAGCGCCUGACGUCACAGCGGGAGCUGUGGUUGGGUGGCUACGCGAACUUCAAGCUCCUGACGUCACAGCGGGAGCUGUGGUUGGGCGGCUACACGACCUUGAAGCGCCUCACAGCACUGCGGGAGCUGUGGUUGGGCGGCUACGCGACCUUGAAGCGCCUGACGUCACAGCGGGAGCUGUGGUUGGGUGGCUACGCGACCUUGAAGCGCCUGACGUCACAGCGGGAGCGGUGGUUGGGCGGCUACACGACCUUGAAGCGCCUCACGGCACCGCACAAGCCGUGGUUGGUCGGGCGCGCGACCUUGAAGAGCGCGCCGGCGCUGCUGCUGGCCUUGCUGGCGGCCUCGACGCCGGCGGCGGCCCUCGGCUCGGGCACGGUGCGGCUGGCGGUGAUCGCCCCGGAGGACCCGAGCCACGAGCAGUCCCUGUACCGCGUGCUCCCCGCCGUCGAGCUGGCCGUGCACAAGGUCACCGACCCGGCGCACGGGACGCUGCCCGGCUGGGACAUCCGGGUGGACCACCGCGACUCCAACUGCUCCUCCACGUACGGUCCACUCGCCGCCUUCGAGUUCUACAACAACAAGAGCGCAAACGCCUUCCUGGGCCCCGUGUGCGAGUACGUGAUCGCGCCCGUCGCGCGCUACGCCGGCGUGUGGGGCAUCCCCGUGCUGACUGCGGGGGCGCUGGCCGACGCCUUCAUCCACAAGCGCACCUACUACCCCACGCUGACCCGCAUGAUGGGCUCGUACCGCCUGGUCGGCGAGGCGCUGCGCCGCAUGCUGUACGAGUUCGGCUGGCGCGCCGUCGGCAUGCUCUACCACAACCACUCGCCCAGCUCCUCCAAGGGCAACUCCAUGUGCCACUUCAUGCUGGCGGCGGUCUACAAGGCGCUGGGCGAGUCGGCGCAGUACCGCAGCUUCGACGAGGAGACGGCCUCGAAGCGCGAGUACGUCCAGCUGCUGGAGUUCAUCGCGGAGCGGGCCCGCAUCGUGGUGAUGUGCGCCAACCCAAGGACGGUGCGGGAGAUCCUCCUGGCGGCAGACGAGCUCAACAUGGUCAGCAGCGGCGAGUACGUCUUCUUCAACAUCGAGCUGUUCAGCAGCACGAACGAGGACAGCCUGAUGCCGUGGCACGCCGGCGACGACUCGGACGCCAACAACGAGCGGGCCAAGCGCGCCUACCAGGCGCUGCUGACCGUGACGGCUCCCACGCCGGACACCUCCGCCUACCGCGACUUCUCGCGCGAGGUGGAGCGCCUCGCGAGCCGCCGCUACAACUACACGCUGCAGGAGCGCUCCGUGUCCACCUUCGUGACGGCCUUCUACGACGCCGUGCUGCUGUACGCCGUGGCGCUCAACGAGACGCUGGCGGCGGGCGGCAGCGAGCGAGACGGCGCCGCCAUCACGCGCCGCAUGUGGAACCGCACCUUCGAGGGUAUAACGGGGGUCGUGAACAUCGACGCAAAUGGAGACAGGAUAGGAGACUACGCCUUGCUAGACAUGGACCCAGAGACAAACAAAUUUCACACCGUGGCGAACUACAUAGGGCUGACCAAGACUCUGCAGCCAGUGGAGGGCGUGGCCAUACACUGGGCCGGCGGGCGGACAGAGCCGCCCUUGGACACCCCUCAGUGCGGCUUCGACAACUCUCUCUGCCCGGAGCAAGGCUUGCCGGGGUAUGCAAUACUCAGCAUUGUUCUCAGCACUGUCGUGGUGGUUCUUGUCGUCGGCUCUGUGUUCACAUACCGGCACUUCAAGCUGGAGGCGGAGAUAGCGUCCAUGAACUGGAAGGUCGCGUGGCAAGACUUGAAGUUCACCCCGCACGGCAAGGAGCGAGGGAGCCUGUACAGCAUCGCCAAGAGGAACAGCCAGCUGACUAUGCUGUCCGAAGAAGCGAUGAGUAUUGGCGAACAAAAUCGACAGGAAUUUGUGACAACAGCUUUUUACAAGGGGUCGAAAGUAGCCCUGAAAGCUAUUCACAAGACGAGGAUAGAUCUCACAAGGCCACUCCUCCUAGAGCUGAAAAGAAUGAAGGACCUGCACCACGACCACCUGGUGAGGUUCCUGGGCGCCUGCGUGGACCCGCCGCACUGCUACCUGCUGACCGAGUACUGCCCCAAGGGCAGCCUGCAGGACAUCCUGGAGAACGACCAGUUCAAGCUGGACUGGAUGUUCCGCUACAGCCUCAUGCACGACAUCACCAAGGGCAUGAGCUACCUGCACGGCAGCGACGUGCGCUCGCACGGCAGCCUCAAGUCGUCCAACUGCGUGGUGGACAGCCGCUUUGUGCUCAAGAUCACAGACUUCGGCCUGCACAGCCUGCGCUGCGCUGGCGGCGAGGACGGCGCCGACGACGAGAGCAGCUACGCCUUCUGGCGCAAGAUGCUGUGGACGGCGCCGGAGCUGCUGCGAGCCAGCCACGCGCCUCCUGAAGGGUCGCAGAAGGGCGACGUGUACUCCUUCGGCAUCAUCAUGCACGAGAUCGCCACCCGCCAGGGGCCCUUCUACCUCGGCGACGUGGCCAUGUCGCCCAGGGAGAUCGUGGAGAAGGUGCGUGGCGGCGGGGCGGCGGGGGGCAAGGCGCCCUUCCGGCCGGCGCUGGAGAACCUGCGCAGCGAGGAGGAGGUGGUCCAGAUCAUGCGGCGAUGCUGGGCCGAGGAGGCUGCGGACCGACCAGACUUCCCGGCGCUCAAGUCCGCCAUCAGGAAGCUCAACAGCAACUACGAGAGCGGCAACAUCCUGGACAACCUGCUGUCGCGCAUGGAGCAGUACGCCAACAACCUGGAGACCCUGGUGGAGGAGCGCACCGCCGACUACCUGGAGGAGAAGCGCAAGUGCGAGGCGCUGCUGUACCAGCUGCUGCCCAAGUCCGUGGCGAGCCAGCUGAUCCUGGGGCAGUCGGUGAUCGCGGAGACGUACGACAGCGUCACCAUCUACUUCAGCGACAUCGUCGGCUUCACGGCUCUCUCCGCAGAGAGCACCCCGCUGCAGGUGGUUGACCUUCUAAACGAUCUCUACUCGUGCUUCGACUCUAUCAUAGAAAACUUCGACGUCUAUAAGGUGGAGACGAUAGGCGACGCCUACAUGGUGGUGUCGGGGCUGCCCGUGAGGAACGGGUCGCUGCACGCCCGCGAGGUGGCGCGCAUGUCCCUGGAGCUGCUUCAGGCCGUCAGGGGCUUCACCAUCCGGCACCGCCCCAAGGACCAGCUCAAGCUGCGCAUCGGCAUGCACACGGGCCCGUGUGUGGCGGGGGUUGUGGGCCACAAGAUGCCCAGGUACUGCCUCUUCGGCGACACCGUCAACACGGCCUCCCGCAUGGAGUCCAACGGCAUGCCUCUGAGGAUCCACGUCAGCCCCAGUACCAAGGCCGUGCUCGACACAUUCGGCUCCUUCGAGCUGGAGCUGAGGGGACAGGUCGAGAUGAAGGGCAAGAAGGAGAAGAUGACGACGUACUGGCUGCUGGGGGAGCGGCGGCCGCCGGGGGCGGACCCCGGGGGCGGAGGGGGCGGCGGCACCCCGCCCGCCGCCGGCUCCGGGGGCCAGACCUCGGGCCUGGCCAACCACGUGGCGGACUGGGCCUGCGCCGCCGCCGCCGAUGCUAGCACGCCGCUGCUGUCGGGCGCGCCGCGGGACUCCAGCGUGUGA